UUUUCGUUCCAGCGCUUUAUACAUUUCAUUUCGACGCUUUCUAGUAAUACAAAAAUUUAAUAGUAACGAUUUCACAUGAAUACGAAUUGCAAAUUGCAAUUAUUUCGCAAUCAGUGAAUAAUAUUGGGUCUGAAUAAGCUUAAAAUAAGUGAAGAAGUGACGAAUACUAGCUAUAUAUACUCGCAGCAGUAAAUAUAAUUUGGAAUUAUAGAAAAGUGCCUUUUAUUUGUGUGUGCGCGGCCAUCGUACGAUGAAUCUUUGCUGGUGGAAGUGGACAACAAAAACACAGUAGCUUAUAAAAAGAGUGAAUGGUGCAAAUAAAAUAUAAAUUACGAAUGCGAAUUUAAGAAAAGAUUUGUGCUUAGUCGCAAAUACCAUUAAUAGUUGUAUGAAUUUAAUUAAACCUGCGCAAACUGUAAACUUUACUCGAGCCCUACUUAAGUAAGUUGCUCUUGUAUAUUUAAUUUUCCAAUCGGUUUUACAAAUGCCAAGCUUGUGUUAACUGCUUCUACUUUUUGGCCGCAUUCGUAGUGUUUUUGGAUUACAUCUUCGCAUUACACUUCUCUGCUGCACGGAUUGCUUCAUAUUUUAGCAAUUGGCCUUUUGACUACCGCUGCCGACAGUGCCGUAGUAGCAGCAGUAUUUGAAGACGCUGUCUGCUUUGCAGCAAAAAGUUGACGUCAACGUCGCAGCCUUUGUUACCGUGAACGAUUUUAUGUGUCUUCUCUUGCGACGUUCAUUCAUAUGUGCAGACAUAAAAUUUGUGUUAAAGCAAAGAAAAGUCAGAAGCAUAAAAGUAACAUUGAACGAAUGUAUGAUAAAAAAUGUGUCUAAAAGAAAACAAAGAAAUUUUCUUCUUCUGCUUGGUAUUGUUUUUCUUUAAUGGGCGCAGCAAGUAAACGCACAUAACUACCACCAAUAUAAACAGCUAGCGGCACUGGAGCAACCGAGACAGCAAACACACCAAAGAGCCAGAAAUCGCUUUAAGACAAGUGUGUGUAUUGCUUUUGGCCCUCUACUAUUAUAACAUUGGCUUGUGAGUUUGUGUAUUUGGUUUUUGUUAUUGUUGACUGAUUCUUGGCUUCUUACUUCUGUUGGAGCUUCAUGCGGUUUCUGUGCAUAUGAGCAGUGCAGUGUGGCGCCGAAGCAUUGACCGCACUCGGUACAUUCACAUACAUACUAUAUGCAUUUAUAUCAAUCAGUAUACUGGACUCUACACACAUUUAAAGAAGUAAAAUUUACAAAGAAUUGCAAUAAAGUAAGAAAGCAUUGAAUAAGAAAACCGUAACAUAACGUGCAGAAAAAUUGUGAAAACGAUAAAAUAUACAAGUUCGUCUAUUUUUGCAAAAAUCCGAAAUGAAAAUCGUGAAAUUUUGUUUGUGUGUAUAUGAAAAUUCUUAGUAUAAAGUGAAAAAGAAAAGUGAGCGCAGAAAAUAUCACCUCAUCGCAUCCGUCAAACGAUUGCAACAAUAACAAAAGUAACAGCAUAAACGGGAGCAACAAUUAAUAUACAUACGUUGAAAAAUUUGCUCCAAAGAAACCAAAAAUACAAAAAAAAAAAGAAAUAAAAUAAAACACGUACUCGCGAACUGUUCAUAUUCGCUCAUUUGAUUCGUGUUUUUCGCAGUGCUAUCCAUCGUCGUCGUCGUCGUGGUCGUGGUUAUCGUCGCUGCGGUUAUUUUGCCGAUUUCGUUGUUAUUGUGGUCACAAUUUGAACAGAUUUUCUUGUGGAAAGUGUUAUUUUGGCGUAUUUUGGCAAUUGCGCUCCAAACGACAAGUGUGUUUCGAUUCGACGCCACGAGCGACAUCGCCUCGAAUAUUGCCAACGCAAGCGCCGGUCAGGCAAACAAGCAAAUCCAAAAAAGCAUUAUAAUACGUGCAAUCUUCUUCCGAUAUUUGCAUUUGCACGCAAUUCGCCCCCCUAAAACCCUUUCUAUCGAAAAAAAGCUGUAUUAAUACAUUCUAUACUAUUCGUCGCGUUUUCGCGCUGUUCCCUAUCACAAGUUUCGCGCAUUUGACAUUUGCCGAUUUGACGCAUCGCCACAUUCCUGCGGUCACACAGUGUUUGUUGGUUGAGUAGCGCUCGUGCAGUUCCAGUGCAAAGUGCUAAGCGAACAGGCAUUCAGGUGUUGAAAGGAUUUUUUUCAACAGUUGUGUCAGUUGGAUGCCGGUGGCCUAAUUGGAUAACGUGUUAUUUAGACAUAUUGCCUCGUUUUCGGAUAAAAACACACACAUUGAGUUUCAACAUAAAAAAACAGUGAACUUUUGCAGUGGCACCGGAAUUUGUGGAUUAUUGACAAAUGAUUCGAAAGCAUUAAAGCUUGAAACAUUUGUAAACCAAAAAACUAAUGUGCAAAACAAAACAAAAUGUGCUGCAUAAGUCACUGUAAACGGAAAACAUUACUACUCGUAAAUUCAAGUGGCAAACUCUAAUACCACCUGAAGAAAACCCAAAUAAAUAUUGCUUUCAAAAAUCUAACCUCUAAAACCAACCUACUAAAGCCUAAGAACUAAAAAGUGAGACGAUGUCGACGAAAUUCUCAGCGCAUCCCGACUUGGCUAUCGAGCAACUGCAACGAGCCGAGUUGACGGCGCGUCAAAAUUCAAAUAAAUCGCACGCACAUCAUAGGCGGCAUCACUCGGCGGGAGCGGGCACUACGAGUGGCUCCAACACACCCACUAAGUCAGCGAAAAAUGCUGCGAAACAACUCAAUUCCAACAGCGCCGCAGCUGAGCAGACCAACUUCAGUAGCACCGCACGAGCUGCUGAGCCCCAUGAGGCGCAUUUCAACGACGCCUUCCCUCGCCUAACGCCUGUGCGAACCUACAACACAACAACAAGCAGCCGCACACAACAACAUGUGGAUGCAUUGGAUAAUAAAUUCGCCUAUAACACGGAUGGUGUCGAUGUAAAUACGAUGGUUUUGGCUUAUAUCGAUGAUAUCGAUCUCAAUUGUGACGAUGAAGAAGACGAUGUUUACAUAACGAAUGCAAACAGUAGGUCGAGCAACACCAAAGACUGUGUAGACUGUACGCCGUCCACGACAUUACGGUGGUCAGCGACCGCUGCAGCACAAGCAGCUACUGCACAAGAGCAAGCCGAGCAUGCUAGGUCAGUGGAUGAGCCGGAUUACUUGCAGCAUCGGUUCAGUCGAACGGCGGAGAACUGUAAUAGCCGGCAUCCACAGCUGCAACGCCACAGUGUUGAUUACUAUACCGCCGACCCGCGUGCCUCACCCAUACACGCCAUCAGCGAUGGUUGUGCCAGUGGUGUAAGUAGUGCUUUAAGUUCACCAUCAGCCAGCACAGUAUCCUCGCCACUCUCAACGCCGACAAGACUUGCGCCACACUAUCUACAACAAAACCAAAAUCAACCAAAUAGCAGUAAUUGCUGUCAAAAAUCGCUAGCCAGCGGUUGUUGUGGUGGCGGCAGCGGCGGCGUCGGCACAAAUGACAGUGAUAAAGCUUGCAAUCAUCAACAUCACCAUACACAGCAUCUCCAUCAUCAGCAUCACCAACACACAAUGACAUCAUCUACAUCGUUAAAGUCCACAUCCAAGGCAGCGGCGGCGGCAGCGGCAGCAGCAGCAGCUGCGGCGGCAUCGUCGUCGUCGUCAAGCGGAUGUAAAAAGUCACAGAAAUACGAUCCCCGACUACUAGGCCCGUCACGAUAUCGUCAACUAUUGCCAGUUGUGCUAUGCAUUCUGUCGUUCGCGAUCGUUUUUAGCAUAUUAAUUGUUUACAUGGAUACGACAGAGAUUCGUCAUAAGCAAUUUCGACUGAAUAUGUCGCGCGAUUAUGAAUUCUUCGGCGUAGCACAAGAUGAUCCCACACUAAUAGCAUUCCUGCGCGAAAUCCAUAUGCGCAAAUAUCCCAUGCACUUCGUGAAGAAUGCGCCCAUCGAUGAUGCCACUGCGUCACCGGCGGUAGCGGCAGCGGCGGCCGCAGCAGCAGCGACUGCUGCAGCUGGUGUGGCGCGAUUAACUGCUGCCGCCAGCGGCGCUAUAACGACGCAUUUCAAUUUCAGUAAUCACUAUGAAGGUCUCACGGCCGAAAUGGCGCAUUACGUCGCCGAUCUGGUGGGUGGCAAAGAGAAUGGCGCCUUCAUACAGUCACUGCCCGGUGCGAUGGGUCAUCUCAUGACUGCACCAUGGCUGGCGGCAACAUUGAAUUGGGCGGGCUUGGUGGUGGAACCGGAACCGCGUCGUUUCUUUACAUUGCGCAAACAGAACGCGCAACGGCCGGGUCUGCAGGUGGUGCACGCAUGCAUAUCGCCCAAUCCGUAUCCCAAAGAGGUUACCAUACACAACGAAGAGUCGGAGGUGCGCAUCAAUAGUCUGCUGGAUGAGGAAACGUCGUGGUUCAAUUCGCGCGUCAAAUGCUUUCCAUUAUAUUCGCUAAUGUUAGCGUGCAAUCGUGUGACAUAUGAUCUGCUGAGUUUGGGCGUUCAUGGGCAUGAAUUGGAGAUCCUACAAACGCUACCUUUCGAUCGGGUACAAAUCGAGGCGAUAUCCAUACACCUAACAGAGGACAUAGCCAGAGGCUACGUAAACGAGCUAACCAAGUUCCUAGCGGGUAAAUCGUAUAAAUUACAAAAGACCUUCGGUCGCAAUUAUUUCUACCAACGAAUCAAAACGACGAGUCGAACACGAAAAAAAGAUAUACUAUUACUCAAAACGCCUUAAUUAGCAGCAACUGCGGUUGGUGUUGGCGGCCUUGCUGUGAACGAACCAACGAUUUGGGGAAAAUACCGUUAAAUAAGCUAUUGCCGCCGUUGCUAUUGCUAAAACAAAGCUAUUACUUUAAUAUACUUAAAAACACAAAAACAAAUAAAAUAAUUAUUAAUUAGUGCGCAAAAUUGCUGCGAAAUUAUGAAUAUAAAUAAGAAGAAGAAGAAGAAAAACCAACAAACGAGCAGCAAAAGACGUAAAUCGAAAAUUUUUUUAAUAAACCAAAAGAAAAGCAAAGUAAUUAUAGCAAAAGCAAAAGCGCGCGCGUUAUUAAACUAUUGCAAACGACUUGAACGUGUGUUGCAAGGUUCUAAUAGUAAGCAAUGCGAAACGAUAAAAAAACAAAAAUAAUAAAAAACACACAAAAUUUGCAAAGCACACAAAUUGCGUUAGGUGGUGCGUAGAGAAUGAAGGCGACGCGAGUCAUAAAUAAAUUAAAUGAAAAAUUAUCAACAGAAGCGCGCGCAUGCGCAGACGCACUUGAAAGUGUUGAAAGCGCGCAACAGUAAUUUCCUUAAACGACGCAGCUAUUUAUAGUGAACUAAGUAAGAAUUUUGUAUUUAUAACAAAUAAAGUGGAGUCUUCUCGUUUAGACGCUCCAAUUUUUUGCAAAACUGCACGCAACAUUUGCCUUCAUUCAGCGUUAAUUCAAUAUCAUUAUUGUUUCACGCGUAUGCAAAAACAAAAAAGAAUCGAGAAUUCAUCAAAAUUAUAGCAUUUUUGUUGUGUUUUCAAUCACUCUCACUAUUACUUUUAAUGGCUAGCUUUUAAGUUACAAAAUACAAAAACAGAAACAAAAAUGUAAAAAUGCAAAAAUGCAAAAAACGAGCAACAAUGUUUGCAAAGAAGUGAGCAGUAAGCGUAAUUAGCCAGAAAAAUCGAUAACGAUUACAAAUUGUCGCUGUUGUAUAAAUAAUAAUUAUAAUUUAAUUUAAUAAUUUAGUCUACUUUGCACACUUACCAUAGUUUAGUAUAUAAAAAUAAUUUAAUUAAAUGAAAGAAAAUGCUUUAUGAAAAUUUAAAUUAUUGCCUAAACGAGUUAAAUUGACGAGAAGUGAAGGAAAAAAAAAACAAAAACAAAAGAAAAUAUGGUAUGUGAAUGAGAGUCUUAGAUUUUUGAUUAUAGCAAAAACAAAAACACAAAUGAAAAACUUUAAAUGUUAAAAUAGCAGUUACUGAAAUAAUAAUACAUGCAUAUACAAACAUAUGCUCUACAUAUGUGUAUAAA